ACCAGCUCGCCCUCGCGUAUCGCGUGCCCACGCCCCGUUCUGCACGCGCCUCCAGCCUUCCAGCCUUCGUUUCGCCCGUCUCGACGAACCACACUUCGCUCCUGCUGACGCGGCAACGCAGUCAUGAGCGAGGGGCCAGCAAAGACCGAUUCGAAGGCGCCCCACGCCGGCGGGGAAGCCAAGAGCGUCGAGCACGCCACGACGGAACCGCCGAGCGAUCACGGCGCCGCGGAAGCCAACGCCGAGCACGGGGCGAAGACAGCGUCCAGGGCAUCGCGCGGCGGCGACCAGGAGGCGGCCAGCGCGAGUCACCAACACGCGGCGGCGCCGGACGCCGAGCGUGCUGCCUCCGAGACGGGAGCCGAGCGCGCCGGGAAGACGGCGAGCGUCGAGCGCACAGGACCCGAGAUCCGCGCCGAGUGCGACGCAUCGACAAGGAGAGGCAAGCACGUCGGCGGAAAGCCGAGCGCCGAGCGGCCCAAGGCCGAGGCGCGCAGCAGACGCGACCUCAAGGCUGAACCGAGCGCCGCGGGCGGCGCUGCGGUCGCGCCGCACCUGCCCGCCUCGUCCGACGGCACCGUUCCCGGAGGCAACAGGGGCAGGCUGAUCGAGAUCGCCGCGUUCGCCACGGUGGUCGUCGUCGUCGUCCUGAUCGUCGUCGCCAUGUUCAACUCGGCGUACGGCCGCGUUCCCAAGGCGACGGGACGGCAGGCAGACGACGACCCGCUCCAGACGGCCAUCUACCGGGGCGGCCGCUCGUGGCACGGCUACGGGCCGCAGCUCCUGGUUUGCACGCUGGGAGAACGCCGCAGUGUCGCCUCGCCGGAGUCGCUGCCGCCGGACGGCCUGUGCGACCUGGUCUUGUACACGCACGUGGAGUCGCUCGGCGCCGACUUCGACGAGGGGGCGUCGGACAACCUGCGAGCUCUGUGGACCCGCGCGAGCACGGCCGUCAAAACCAGAUUCGGCUACUCGUUCUCCGAUUCGCUGCUGCCAGUCGACGAACGACAGCUCGGCGCGUUCGUCCGAAAGGCGGUCGACGACAAGGGGAUCACAGCGUUGGGAAUGCUCGACGCUCGCCAGGACGGCGGCGUCAGCAACGCCUCGUACGCGACGUUCGCCGCAGCGCUAAACUCGACGGCGAGGCAGCAGCUGUCCAAGGGCAAACGGGUGGCGCUGGUCUACGGAAUCCGCGUCGACUUCGACACCGGCACGCACGGCGUCGAGUUCUGGCACUGGCACGCCGCCAUACUGGACCACGCCCACGUGCUCGUCUACCGGGCGCACUUCGACCUGCCGGCGCAGAACGACAGCGCAAAAGGGCAGUGCUGGGUCAGGUUCCCGUCGCCGAGGUUCGAGCAGGUCAAAGAGGAGGACAAGACGAUGCAGGACGGCGUGGCGGCAAUCGACACGGCGCUGCACUUUCGGCAGCCCAGUCUCACCACCGACAUCUGCCUCUCGAUCGCGCUCAGCGUCCACCGGUUCUCGCUAAAGAGGGCCCCCUCCAAGGGUGAGGAGCUGGGCGCCGAAUGCGUGAGCGCUUCGGCCGUCGCGUACGGCGACGUCUGCGGCAACGGCACCGGCGUCGCGGAGGGCCACAACCUCACGUCCAUCGACGUCGCCGAACGGACGCUAAAGGUCGCCGGCGAAGGCGUGCUGGUCAAUCGCAUCGAGGACAAGCUGUUGGACACGUUCGACGACGUCGACACCCUGGCCCAGAAGCUGCGCACGGCCAAGCUGGCGCUGUCCCUGUCCGCCCAGCCGCACUGGUCCUUCUGCCUGGCCGCCUUCAACGUGGAUCACGCGGACAGCGAGGGGGCGUGCGGCGGGCACGGCUUCGAGAGGCUGACCGUCGCCAGAAGCUUCCUGCACGGCAAGCUCCGGUGGCACAAUGACUGACCGUUGCCUCCUCUGCCUUACCGCCCCUCCCCCUACCGACGGAUAUUAUUAAAAGCGACCUUCGCAAACAAUUCUUGUCACGUGGUGCGACAGAGGCGCGCCAUUUUAUCCGAUUUGUACAGGAAAUGUUUGCGCAGUGGUUUGCAAAGACGGAAGAGAAGGAAAAAGGAAACGAAGGAAUAUUGAUUUCUAUAAAACGUCGAUCUCAACUGUCAACUACUGGACCGUACCGCAUCCAGGACCCUAUACCGCAUGCACGUUUCUGUUACGUUCGGUUUUUUUCGUCGUUCCGUGGAAUUAGCUCGAAACUUGUAUAGCUUUAUCAAUGAACCUUUGAGCAACGGUCAGUUGCAGUAA